GGCCACCGGCGGCAGUAAUCAGAGGACGAGGCAGUCCUCAAAGCAAAGCGGCAGCUUUUCAAUUAACCCUGCAAGUCUUACGGAAAGCGCUCUUUCUCUGGGGGCGGAAACCAAAGUACUAGGUAACCCAGUAUUGAGUUAAACAACAGUUACUGAAGAGAUGAAAACCGAACUGACGUGGUCCAGAGGGGCGGGACGGCAGAAUUUGAGACUUACACAAAAGUGGACGCCUUCAAGAAAAGCCGCUGACCACGAGCAAAUAAACCAGCAGAUGCUGGUCCAUGAAGAAACUUACCACUGAAAACGGCACUGUCUGCAUGGGACAGGAUGCUUUCAUGGAGCCCCAAAGAGGCACUGCUGGGAUCUUUCAAUGCAAAAUCUACCUCCUCCUGUUAGGUUCUUGUUCUGGGCUGAAGGUGACCGUGCCGUCACACACUGUCCAUGCCAUCAGAGGUCAGGCCCUCUACCUCCCUGUGCACUAUGGCUUCCACACUGUGGCAUCAGAUAUCCAGAUCAUAUGGCUAUUUGAGAGACCACAUGCGAUGCCCAAAUACUUACUGAGCUCUGUGAAUACAUCUGUAGUUCCUGACCUGGAAUACCAACACAAGUUCACCAUGAUCCCACCCAACGCAUCUCUGCUCAUCAAUCCACUGCAGUUUGAUGACGAAGGCAAUUACAUUGUGAAGGUCAACAUUCAAGGGAAUGGAACUCUAUCCUCGAGUCAGAAGAUACAAGUCACUGUUGAUGACCCUGUCACAAAGCCAGUGGUGCAGAAUCACCCUUCCUCUGGGGCUGUGGAGUACGUGGGGAACAUGACCCUGAUGUGCCAGGUGGAAGGGGGUACCCGGCUAGCGUACCAGUGGCUAAAAAACGGGAAGCCGGUCCGUACCAGUUCCACCUAUGCUUUUUCUCCCCAAAGCAACACCCUUCGUAUUUCUCCAGUCACCAAGGAGGACAUUGGGAAUUACAGUUGUCUCGUGAAGAACCCCGUCAGUGAAAUGGAAAGUGACAUUAUUACACCAACCAUAUACUACGGACCUUAUGGACUUCGAGUUAAUUCUGAUAAAGGGCUAAAAGUAGGGGAAGUGUUUACUGUUGACCUUGGAGAAGCCGUCCUAUUUGAUUGUUCAGCUGACUCUUAUCCCCCUAACGUCUACUCCUGGAUCCAGAACACUGAAAAUGCAACAUAUGUCAUUAAGCAUGGGCCUCUCUUGGAAGUGGUGUCAGACAAGGUAGCACAGAAGACAACUGACUUUGUGUGCUGUGCUUACAACAAUGUAACUGGGAGGCAAGAUGAAACUCAUUUCACUGUUAUCAUCACAUCUGUAGGGCUGGAGAAGCUUGCACAAAAAGCGAAAUCAUUGUCCCCCUUAGCAAGUAUAACGGGAAUAUCAUUAUUUUUAAUUAUAUCCAUGCUUCUUCUCUUCAUAUGGAAAAAAUAUCAACCCUACAAAGUUAUAAGACAGAAGUUAGAAGGAAGGCCAGAAACAGAAUACAGAAAAGCUCAAACAUUUUCAGGCCAUGAAGAUGCUCUGGACGACUUCGGAAUAUAUGAAUUUGUUGCUUUUCCAGAUGCAUCUGGUGUUUCCAGGAUGCCAAGCAGGUCUGUUCCCACCUCUGAUGAAGUAUCAGGGCGAGAUUUGCACAGCACAAUUUAUGAAGUUAUUCAGCAUAUCCCUGCUCAGCAGCAAGACCAUCCAGAGUGAAUUUUCCUGGGCAGAGCAAUACUUUGGAGUGAAAUAAUAAAGAAACAUCUAAGGACAAAUAGUGGAGUUGUAUAUCCCUCUGGAAACGGUAAAGAAGGCAGCCUCUUACUUUUACUCCAGGACCUCUUACCACUUCUUCUACAUGCAGAAUAGAGGUGUCUGUUACCCACAGUGGUCUGCAGGUUUUCCAGUCUGCACACAAUGUAUUGUGUGACCAAGGAACAUGGUGGACAUUAUCAUGCUGACUGAGAGAAAAAAAAAAGAAUGAUGGUUCCCUGUCAGUCUUUUUAUAUUAAAUUUUUCUAAAAAGCACCAAUUCAUUCUUUCUACACCAACCUUGACCCUGUCUUUUCUCACCUACAAAUGCAGAAACUCUACAUUUGCAAGUUUCUCAUCAGGCUUUAUUUUAUUAAAUUCUCAAGGCUACAAUUUUCUUCCCCAAUUUUUUUCUUAUUAUUUGCAUCACAAAAGUAAGACUGUGCCUUCUGCCUGGUUGUCAAUCAAUGUGUUUGUCAGGGAUGUUUUUUAAAAGACGUACAAAAUGCUUAAGGAAAGGAUUUAUUAAAGUUUCAUGUAACUUUUGUUCAACAGAA